GUCGCUAAUAAAACGGAAAAGGAAAUUAUAAUUUCGGUUUAAGGUAUAAACAAAUUUAAUCGAGAAUAAAAUCGAACAAUUACGGCUACAUAGUGGAGCAAUAUUGUGUAAGAGUUAUUGUAGUGGCGGCCAGAAGCAGUGCUCUCAUUGACAAUAUUGUGAAUCGCGUGAUCAAUAGUUGGCUGCAGAAUUUGUGCACAUGGUAGAUGAAACGUGCGGCGCUCGACAGUUGAGAGAUUGCAUUUCACAUUGCACACCCAGUGUGGUAUAGAGUACAUAUAAAUGAACCUAUAUAAAAAUUUAAGCAAGGUCUUUUGAUAAGGGAAUUCCAGAAAAAAAAUAGAGAAUAAAAUAUAUACAUACCUACAUUUAUAGUACAUACUAUAUGCAAAUUAAACGAUCUACCUUUGUGUGAUAAAGACGGAGUAAAGUAAAUUACGCUGCCAUUUUACAAACGUAUACAACAAUUUGAUUCGCUCGUAAAAUCUAUACUGAAAUCAGAAAAAUGGUUACCGCUUCGCAAUGUACAACCGAAACUGUUUUUGAUUACAGCUGGAAACAAGUUGUACAAGCCUAUUGGAAUCGUUAUCCCAAUCCAUCAAGUACACACGUUCUAACGGAAGAUACAAUUCAACGUGAAGUUCGUGAUGGUAAAUUAUAUUCCCGCCGUCUAUUAUCUAAAACAAAUCCAGUGCCAAAUUGGGGUAAACGCUUUUAUAACAAUGCACCUGUAAAAAUUGUAGAGGAUUCGAUUUUGGAUCCACAAAAGAAAACACUAGUCACAUUUACACGUAAUAUCGGCUUCAAGAAAAUCAUGAAUGUCGACGAAAUAGUUGAAUAUAGUGAACAGCAAGAUGGGCGUACUUUGGCUGUGCGGCGUGCUUAUAUCAGUUCACAAGUAUUUGGAUUUUCCCGUGCCAUACGAGCAUUUGGCAUUGAACGUUUCAAAUCGAAUUGCAAUAAAGCUGCAAGUGGUUUCAAUUAUGUGUUGAGAAAUAUGUUUCCCAAGAAUGUAGGUGAAACGGGUACAUAUAAAUUAUCGAAAGAUGUCAAUGAGAAUGAAACAGCUGCAGCGUCCACAACUGGAACAAGCCAAAUACAACAGGCGACUGUGAAUAAAACCGAAGCCCUUAAAAUGGCCGGUAAAGCCGGUUAUGAGUAUUUAAAGAAUCAUGCUAUUAAAUUGGCACAGAUUUUUUCAAUUAAAAAUUGAUAAAAGAAAGGAUGGUUUAGUUAACAUUGGUGUUGAAUAUUCAAGCCAUUUAAGUGUAAUAGUUGUAAACAAUAUAUAUGUAUAUAUACAUAUAUACUACAUUUAAGUGAGAAUAUUACGUAGUAAAUAAAUCACCGAUAAAGCAUUGAGUGCAGUUGACAUAUGCAUGACAUUUCCACAAGCUGAGUGAAACGAAGCUGGUACUCAAUUAAUCAGUAACGUCAUUGUUGGCUGCGGUUGGAGAAGAGCAAUUGAAUAAAUUUCAUAGUUUAUGUGGAAAGAUAGUAAGCGGAACACAAAAAGUUCGAAGGACAUUAAAAUUACAAAAGAAAUCGGCAUAUUUCCUCCAAAAAACAUUUAUUUCCUUCUUGUUAACGCUAAUUGCUCGUCAUUCCAAUGUAAUCUUGUUAACUACACACACGAGUAUAUAAGUACAUACGAUGUAGAAUAUAGAAUUAUAAAAUAUAAUUAAUGUAUGGUUUUAAUGUAUAACAAAUCACAUUUCAGGAAAAUCUAUUUACGCACUGUAGAUAAUGAGUCAUUGCUAAAAAA